CAUACAACCAUCAUCGUCACGACCCGGCAUCGGUCCCUCAGUGCCCUCAGUUGCUCUCUCCUCACCGCAUUAAUACCUCCUACGCGAGGUAUUUGCCUCAAAGAGGGCAUAUCCGACAUGUGUCCCUAGGUUGCUAAGCUUAAUCUACAGUUAGGGACGCGCUAGCCUCCUUUGUCGUCCUUUAUCUCUGCCCUUUACCUUUUUCCUUCAUAACUUCGGAAUGUUUUGGAUUCGAGAAGAACGCGUGCCUGUCAAUGAUACUUGAUCGAUCAGUGAGACAUGGGGGUUCUGAUUUAGGAGAGAUGGUAUCCUCUCUCCAACAGCACUACUCUCAUGAAGCCUUCCGGUUCAGAUGCCGAAAUGUUCUCCUACGGCUGUAGGGAAGAACAACCAUCUCAUUCUCACGUUACACUACCGUUGAAUUCGCGCAAGCGGUAUUCAGACAUCAUUUCUCCGAAUAGAGAGCGCGAAAUUGAGCUCGAGGAGCUUAUUCACUCUCUACAGAAAUAUUUGCAACAAAAUUGCAACGAAAUUCGCUAUCACCGUGAUGCCUUGAAACGUCUUGAACAACGGCGCCAACGCCUUCAAGCUCUCCUCGACCAAAACAGCGCCUUCUUCUCCCCAAUCAGAGCCAUGCCAACCGAAAUCCUCUCCUUGAUUUUCGACUGUUUUUGCUCAAACAUUGGUUUUAACGAUAGAGCACGACCGUUGGUUCUCGCAUCUGUGUGUUACAGAUGGCGCAGCAUUGCUGUUUCCUAUCCUAGCAUUUGGACUCGCAUCAACACUGCAAGACAUUCUCCCCAUGCGGAUGAGCGUACUCGAAAUUUUGUGCAGCUCUAUCUUGAUCGCUCACAGGACAUGCCUAUCCGGAUACACGUCAGUGACUUUCCGUUGGGGGCGCCCGAUAACACCCUGCUCUCCAUGCUUGCAGCACAUUCGCACCGAUGGUUCAGAGCGACGUUUUCUCUUACCACUGAAGGAUACUACGUACUCUUCCGUGCUCUCGAGGGACAGUCCCUGACUCGUCUUCGGAAAUUCAACUUAUACGGGCCUAGUCUUGAUGGCGUCCCUGAUUCCAUUCAGUGCAACGCCCUGAUGAUGGCGUGUAAACUGGAUAUUCUUACGGUCCAACAGCCGAUAGAACAUCCCGAGAACCUUGGCCUUCCCUUUGGAAGGAUCAAACAGCUCAACUUAAUUGACCACGAUAAUCCAUCUAGUAUUCUUCGAUGUAUCGCUCAAACCAUGAACCUUAGACACCUUCGAAUCACUGCUACAAGUAACUGUCAAAGCCGAGGGCCGCUUCCGACACCUGUUGUUGCGGCCAAAGUGCUAUACCUUUCCCUUAGAAUGGGAAAUUUUGAUGGGGACCUGUUUGAGAAGGCCCUGUUAAUUCUCUCGACCCCCACGCUGCAGCACUUGAAGGUAGCCCUUCCACUACCGGAAGAGUGUCCUAUAAGCUGUAGUCCGAAAUUGAACGGGAUUUUCAGUGUAAAACCGAUUUCAGAACUCAUUGUCCGGUCGGCGUGUCGUCUCAGGUCUCUUCGCGUUGAGAAUAUCAACAUCGACGAAGACGAGCUCAUACAGCUACUCGAGAACGCCCCUACCAUCACCACCCUUGUUCUUUAUGAACUUUACCCAGGCGUAAACAUCCCAUCUCCCUGCGUCUUGACUCCUCGAAGGUGGAUAACUGAUAAACUUUUGCGGCGUUUGACGAUCACACCCAAUGUCCCUGUUAUCCUUCCUCGUCUCAAACACCUCCACAUCCUUAUCUCCUGCAUGAUUCGCGAACUCGACGAAGUCUGCCUUCUCAGAAUGGUAAAGUCUCGCACAAGCCUCAAUCUCCCAAAAGGGGAGCGCUUGAAGAAGCUAUAUUUUGCUUCGAAGAAAAGCACGAAGAGUUAUUCGUGGCUACACAAGCUUCCGAAGCACCUGUAUAGCGAUUUUGCGUCUAACAUCGAGACGAUGUAGACUUCCUACACCAAUAUUGCGGACUUACGCCUAUUCAUCAAUUGUUGUAUUUCUUGCUAGUCACUUCUCCUAUAGUAAAGUAGUGUGAGAGCAAGCUUCUUUAAUCUAGAAACACACUUUGCUAGUAGUAGAUGCAGGACUCGUUGUAUUUGUUACGUCAUCUGAAGAUGCGAGUUUGCAGCGGCACCUUAUUUAAAGACCUUUCUUACUGAGUGGC